UGUGCUACAUGUUCUUGUUUAUGUACCUCGCGAAAAGAAACCUUGCACAUCGUCGUCGAGAUAUCUCAUGUUGCUUAUGGAGAUACCGCAAAUGAUGGCCUUUUUUCAAGAAAUUUGAGAUACAUUACACUAAAAAUGCCGUUUAGCCGGAUAGGCGGUCUGCUUAUAAAGGGGUAAAUACGAGUACGACGAGAGCCGAAAUACCCCACUGCAGUAUUUUCCGUUUUUCUCUGUAGCUUCGGCCCGCUUACGUGAAGGCGUCGGACUGUUCAGUGUUUAUGGACGCAAGUUUUCAACCAAAUAUUUUUUCUCACGCUGAGGAAAAUCUGACAGGAGUCCAUUUGGCAGCUUUAUGGAAAACCCACAAAUGUCGCUGGUUUAACCAAUGAACUAUUCAGCCGUCGAUUUCGUAAUCGUAACAUUGAUGAAAUCAAGAUCUGGCUGCCGUGGAGGGUACAUAACAGAAGAAGACAUUGCUGCAGGAUGAAAACAUGGCUGCACCCCUUAUUGCACCGCCAGGACCUGACAGCUUCAAAUACUUUACCAGGGAAAGUCUGGCCGAAAUCGAGAAGCGCAUUGCCGAGGAGAAAGCCAAGCCGCCACCUAAGCCAGACAGCAGUUACCGUGACGAUGAUGACGAGAACAAGCCCAAGCCCAACGGUGACCUGGAGGUGGGCAAAAGUCUGCCCUUCAUCUAUGGGGACAUCCCUCCUGGCAUGGUGGCAACACCACUGGAGGACCUCGAUCCCUUCUAUGUGAAUAAAAAAACAUUUAUAGUGCUAAAUAAAGGAAAAACAAUCUUCCGCUUUAGUGCCACACCUGCCUUGUACAUAAUAAGCCCUUUUAAUCUUCUUAGGCUAAUAUCUAUUAAAAUUUUGAUACAUUCAGUAUUCAGCAUGUUCAUCAUGUGUACAAUUUUGACCAACUGUGUGUUCAUGACUUUUAGUAACCCUCCCGAGUGGUCCAAACAAGUAGAGUACACCUUUACUGGAAUUUAUACGUUUGAAUCAACUGUAAAAAUCAUUGCCCGUGGAUUCUGUAUAGAUGACUUCACAUUCCUAAGAGAUCCAUGGAACUGGCUGGAUUUCAUGGUCAUCUCAAUGGCAUAUGUAACAGAGUUUGUGGACCUGGGGAAUGUAUCUGCGCUGAGAACGUUCAGAGUUCUCCGAGCAUUGAAAACUAUCUCUGUCAUUCCAGGUCUGAAGACCAUUGUCGGCGCCUUGAUCCAGUCAGUGAAGAAGCUGUCAGAUGUGAUGAUCCUCACAGUCUUCUGCCUCAGCGUCUUUGCUCUCAUUGGUCUGCAGCUGUUCAUGGGAAAUCUGCGACAGAAGUGUGUCAUCUGGCCCAUAAACAUCACAGAACACUACCAGGCCAAUGGCACCCAUGCUUUCAACUUUGAUGAGUACAUCAUGAAUGAAACCAAUUUCUACAUCCUGCAUGGCCAGUUGGAUGCUCUCCUAUGUGGAAACAGUUCUGAUUCAGGUCGUUGUCCUGAAGGCUACACGUGCAUGAAGGCUGGUCGCAAUCCGAACUACGGCUAUACCAGCUUCGACAGCUUUGGCUGGGCUUUCCUGGCUCUGUUCCGUCUCAUGACGCAUGACUUUUGGGAGAACUUGUACCAGCUGACCCUGAGAGCCGCAGGGAAGACCUACAUGAUUUUCUUUGUGCUGGUGAUCUUUGUCGGUUCGUUCUACCUUGUUAAUCUGAUCUUGGCUGUGGUAGCCAUGGCAUAUGAGGAGCAGAACCAGGCCACUAUGGAAGAGGCGGAGCGAAAGGAGGCGGAGUUUAAAGCCAUGCUGGAACAGCUGAGGAAACACCAGGAGGACGUACAGGCUAACGCCAUGGCGACGUCGGCGGGUACGGUGUCUGAGGACGUGGUGGAGGAUGAUGGCGAUGAAGGUGGGAACUUGUCUUGCAGCUCAUCCGAGAUGUCAAAACUCAGCUCCAAGAGUGCCAAAGAACGGCGUAACCGCAAGAAGAAGUGGCGGCAAAAAGAGCAGGACAAGGAGAAAGGAGACAGUGAGAAGUUUGUCAAAUCUGAUUCUGAUGAUGGGAGCAGACGGAGCAGAUUCCGUUUCCCGGACAACCGGUUAGGGCGCAGGGGCUCUAUAAUGAACCAGUCUCUGCUUAGCAUCCCAGGCUCUCCGUUCCCUUCGAGGCGUAACAGUAAGAGCAGCAUCUUCAGCCGAUGUAAGGACGGAGGCUCAGAAAACGAGUUUGCUGACGAUGAGCACAGCACAGUAGAGGAGUUUGACGGUCGGCGCGAUUCCUUCCUAAGCCCCCAGCGCCGCAGCAGCUACACCGGUUACUACGGCAAGCGUAACAGCACCGUGGAUUGCAACGGAGUGGUGUCUCUCAUCGGCCCGGGGCCCGGCGGACGCCUACUGCCUGAGGUGAUAAUAGAUAAGGCAGCUACUGACGAAAGUCCGACCACUGAUGUUGAAAUCAAGAAGAAGCUCUCGGGGUCUCUAAUGGUUUCCGUGGAGCAGCUCAACGCAUCGUUCGGUCGCAAAGAGCGAGCCAACAGCGUUAUGAGCGCUUUAACCAACACACUGGUUGAGGAACUGGAAGAGUCUCAGAGGAAAUGUCCACCGUGCUGGUACAAGUUUGCCAACAUCUUCCUUAUUUGGGAGUGCGGCCCUGUUUGGGGGAAGAUUAAGGAGACCGUGAACCUGAUUGUGUUUGAUCCCUUUGUGGACUUGGCUAUCACCAUUUGUAUCGUGCUUAAUACUCUCUUCAUGGCCAUGGAGCAUUACCCAAUGACGGGACAGUUUGAACACGUGCUGUCUGUUGGAAACCUGGUGUUUACUGGUAUCUUCACUGCCGAAAUGUUUGCCAAACUGGUUGCAAUGGACCCUUACUACUACUUCCAGGAAGGAUGGAACAUCUUCGAUGGCUUCAUUGUGAGCUUGAGCUUGAUGGAGUUGGGCUUGGCCAACGUGGAAGGUCUUUCUGUGCUGAGAUCAUUCAGAUUGCUGAGAGUGUUUAAGCUGGCAAAGUCAUGGCCCACCCUCAACAUGUUGAUAAAGAUCAUUGGUAACUCAGUGGGAGCUUUGGGAAACCUGACUUUGGUGUUGGCCAUCAUCGUCUUCAUCUUUGCCGUGGUGGGCAUGCAGCUGUUCGGGAAGAGCUACAAGGACUGUGUGUGUAAGAUCGAUAGGGAUUGUGAGCUUCCUCGCUGGCACAUGAACGACUUCUUCCACUCUUUCCUGAUUGUGUUCCGGGUGCUGUGUGGAGAGUGGAUCGAGACCAUGUGGGACUGUAUGGAGGUGGCUGGACAGGGCAUGUGUCUCAUCGUCUUUAUGAUGGUCAUGGUUAUAGGGAACUUGGUGGUCUUGAAUCUGUUUCUUGCUUUGCUGCUGAGCUCAUUCAGCGCAGACAACCUGGCGGCCUCCGACGACGACGGCGAGAUGAACAACCUGCAGAUCUCGGUCAUCCGCAUUAAGAAGGGAAUCGCUUGGAUCAAGGUCAAAGUUCGAGAAGUGAUGAACAUCAUCCUCAGGAGGAAGGUCACAGAUGAGGCCAAGCCGCUGGAUGACAUGUACGACCGGAAUCUGAACUGCAUCGCCAAUCACACGGGUGUAGACAUCAGCCGUGACCUGGACUAUCAGAAAAACGGCAACGGCACCACUAGCGGCAUCGGCAGUAGCGUGGGCAAGUACAUGAUCGACGACGACCACAUGUCCUUCAUCCACAACCCCAACCUGACUGUGUGCGUGCCCAUCGCCGUGGGCGAGUCAGACUUUGAAAAUCUCAACACGGAGGAUUUCAGCAGCGAGUCUGAAGCAGAAGGCAGCAAAGAAUUUGAUGACAUCAGCUCAUCAGAUGGCAGCACCAUUGAUAUUAAACCAGAGGUGGAGGAAGCAGUCGUGGUGGAAGCAGUGGAGGAAUAUCUUGACCCUGAAGCUUGCUGGACUGAAGCUUGUGUGGCCCGCUAUAAGUGUUGUGAUGUGCCCAUCACGGAGGGCUGGGGGAAGAACUGGUGGUUCCUCAGGAAAACCUGCUAUCUUAUUGUGGAACACAACUGGUUUGAGACCAUAAUCAUCUUUAUGAUCCUUCUCAGCAGUGGAGCACUGGCCUUUGAGGACGUGUACAUUGAGCAGAGGAAAACCAUCCGGAUCAUCCUGGAGUAUGCUGACCUUGUCUUCACCUACAUUUUCAUUCUGGAGAUGUUGUUGAAAUGGGUGGCCUAUGGUUUUGUCAAUUACUUCACCAAUGCUUGGUGCUGGCUGGACUUCUUCAUUGUUGACGUGUCUAUAGUCAGCCUUAUAGCUAAUGCGCUGGGCUACUCCGAUCUAGGGCCCAUUAAAUCACUCAGGACACUAAGGGCCCUGAGACCCCUCAGAGCAUUGUCACGUUUUGAAGGGAUGAGGGUGGUAGUCAACGCCCUGGUGGGUGCCAUCCCUUCCAUUAUGAAUGUGUUGCUGGUUUGCCUCAUCUUUUGGCUGAUAUUCAGUAUCAUGGGUGUCAACAUGUUUGCGGGCAAGUACUACUACUGCUUCAAUGAAACAUCAGAAGAAUACUUCCUUCCCGAUGUGGUCAACAACAAAACGCAGUGCCUUGAACUGAUACAUCAGAACUUCACUGAAGUGCGCUGGAAGAACGUCAAAAUCAACUUUGACAAUGUGGGUGCGGGUUACUUGGCUCUCCUGCAAGUGGCAACAUUCAAGGGAUGGAUGGACAUUAUGUAUGCAGCGAUCGACUCGCGAAGGGUGGAGGACCAGCCAGUGUAUGAGUACAACAUCUACAUGUACAUCUACUUUGUCAUCUUUAUCAUAUUUGGCUCUUUCUUCACCCUCAACCUCUUCAUUGGUGUCAUCAUUGAUAACUUCAACCAGCAGAAGAAAAAGUUUGGAGGUCAGGAUAUCUUCAUGACGGAAGAACAGAAGAAGUAUUACAAUGCUAUGAAAAAACUUGGCUCAAAGAAUCCCCAGAAACCCAUACCUAGACCCCAGAACAAGCUCCAGGGGAUGGUGUUUGACUUUGUGACACAGCAGGUCUUUGAUAUUUCAAUCAUGAUCCUCAUCUGUUUGAACAUGGUCACCAUGAUGGUCGAGACAGACGAUCAGUCAGUGGAAACCGAGAACAUCUUGUACUGGGUCAACUUCAUCUUCAUUGUGUCUUUCACCUCAGAGUUUGUCCUCAAGCUCUUUGCACUGCGUCAUUAUUAUUUCACCAACGGCUGGAACAUCUUUGAUUGUGUUGUGGUCAUUCUCUCCAUCGUGGGUAUGUUCCUGGCAGACUUGAUUGAAAAGUACUUUGUGUCCCCAACGCUGUUCAGAGUAAUCCGUCUAGCUCGAAUCGGCCGUAUCUUGCGUCUGAUCAAAGGGGCGAAGGGUAUUCGAACCUUACUGUUUGCCCUGAUGAUGUCACUGCCAGCCUUGUUCAAUAUCGGCCUUCUUCUUUUCUUGGUCAUGUUUAUCUUUUCUAUCUUCGGCAUGUCAAAUUUUGCCUAUGUCAAGCGGGAGGCUGGCAUAGACGACAUGUAUAACUUCGAGACAUUUGGAAAUAGCAUGAUCUGCCUGUUCAUGAUAACCACCUCGGCGGGUUGGGACGGUCUUCUGGCUCCCAUUCUUAACUACCCACCAGAUUGUGACCCAAAUCUGGAGAAUCCAGGUACCACAGUGAAAGGCAACUGCGGAAACCCAUCGGUGGGCAUUUUCUUCUUUGUCAUGUACAUCAUCGUCUCUUUCCUCAUCGUGGUAAACAUGUACAUUGCAAUCAUUCUGGAGAACUUCAGCGUUGCCACAGAGGAGAGCGCCGAUCCACUAUGCGAAGACGACUUUGAGUCCUUCUACGAGAUCUGGGAAAAGUUCGACCCCACCGCCUCCCAGUUCGUCACCUUCGCCAAGCUGAGCGACUUCGCCGACACUCUGGAGCACCCGCUACGCGUUCCCAAGCCCAACACAAUUGAGCUGAUCGCCAUGGACCUGCCUAUGGUGAGCGGUGACCGCAUUCACUGCCUGGACAUCCUGUUUGCCUUCACCAAACGCGUGCUGGGUGAUAGCGGAGACCUGGACAUGAUGCGUCAACAGAUGGAGGAGCGCUUCAUUGCUGCCAAUCCUUCCAAAAUUUCUUUCGAGCCCAUCACCACAACUCUGCGGCGUAAGCAAGAGCACAUAUCCGCUUCCAUCAUCCAGCGGGCAUUCCGCGCCCAUCUGAUUCGCAAAGGCUUCAUCUGCAAACGGUUGCUAAGCAGCAGCAGGCUGGAGAACGGUGGAACCAAUCAGGACAAGAAGGAGGGGACGCCUUCGACUGCCUCGCUGCCGUCCUACGACAGCGUGACCAAACCAGAGAAGGAGAAGCUGGAUGAGAGCGACAGCAAAGGCCAAAAGGGCAAAAACCAAAAAGAUGUCAAGGAAUCAAAGUGUUAGGAAUGAUGGUUCAGUGCUACCGAACUGAGACUGAAACUGAAAUCUAUUACAAGUGUAUAGAACAAAUCAUUUGCAACUAAGUCACAGAAAAUCUUUGGGGGAAUAAAGGUUGUUUACAGAUAACAAAACCGUUGUUCACAGAUGCAACAGGAAGCAGCUUGGUGUUUACCAAUUGAAUGAUGACCAAACCAACCAACCUAUGAGCUUACUGUGCUACAUCUGUGCUCAGCGACCAAGAUUUUACUGUUUCAGUCGCAGCCGACGAGGCGCAUGCAAACAAAAUAAAGACCUAUGGCAGACAUCUUUGAUAGGGACCACCUGCCAAGGGACCAAACAGUACAAAGAGACGUAAAAGCUCAUAAGAUGGACUCCUUUGCACCACCACAUGUGGAGUGCAGCAUUCCUCCGCUACGGACAUCGAUUUCAAACACUACACUGCCGAAAUCCAACGCAAACCUCCCACUCAUUCCAGGAGGAUUCCCGGACAUUGCGUUUUAACCAUAACCAGUAAUAACAAUGUAAACUCAAUCAUGUGGAGUGUCCGUGAAAACAAAAAAAAAACAGAACAUUAUGCAAGGGUUUUCAGUUGUUUGCGGUGAAUUCAUCACCUUAUUUGACCCACAAAAAAGUAAGGGGAAAAGUUCUGCCCAUGCCAUCCAUCUCGUCAUCAUCUCUCUGUUAUACUAUCAGAAAAAAUACAUUUUAUACAUGGGCUUUCACAUUGAUAUUGGGACGGGGGUUUAUCAGGGUUUGGGACUUAUUCAGACCGAGUUCCAGGUAAUAAAUAACUAAUUGUGCUCGUUCAAUGCAUAGAAAUGACUUGCAUGGUGGCAUGUUUUGAUCAGGAAUCAUGCAUGUAUAAUCAUAGUCCACUCGACACUGCUACUCGGACCACAUCAGUGGCGCGACCAUACGUUCGGAUACCAUCCACUAGUAUUAAAUUUAGAUUUAGCUGGGAAAUGAUUGGUCGAUAGUAACAUAUUUAACUACUGGCAAGUAUAUUUGUACUUACCCCUCAUGAAGCUUGCUUCCUGAUUAACUCACUCUCAUUACAUGCGUCAUGUGAGUAUUUUGAGGUCAAAGCUAUUUCACCGUUUGGAUGUACAGUGUGGGAAAGAUCUGAAAAUGCGUUCACACAGGUGUCUCACUGCCCUAGUUUUCAGGAAGGGUGGACAUGUUCGAUGAGCUAAUCUGGAGAAAUGUUUCGCUGAGAACAAACUUCGAUUUGAUUAUUUUUGCACCAGCAAUAGAACAAAGAUUCAACUGCCCCUCAAUGUGCAGCUGAGGCUCCGAUUAUAGGGUCUUCAAAUGUUACAGCCUCCAUGCCAUUUAAACAAUUCUUUGUCAGUCGGGACCAGGCCUCAAAGGGAGGCAUUAUCUUCAAUGCAGAUUUUUGUGGAAGUAGUCGUCGUCGUCAUGUCGAUACGUUCUCAUGUUUACCAUUAAAAAGUUGUCAGUUUCGGUUGUUAUGUUUUGUCUUAAAGAUGAAGGAAAGCAAUCGAGUAGCCAGUUUCAAUGCAUCCCCGAAAUAUCAGCUAUGGCCUUAUGCAGCAGGUACACAAGGAAGGCAGCAGUUUUUUUUUAUCUUAGUGAGCAACAACGAUCAUACUAGAAAUUGGCGUUUUAACAAAUUUGUAAUUUGCAAAUGUACCUGUUUUUUUUUUUUUCGCCACAUACAAGACAGUACAAAGACUUGUUACCUCCUGAGCAAACUGCCAUCUCUUGCUCCGGGUGCAAGAGAAAUAGAUUAUGGUACAGUAUUUUACACUAUUUCAUUUAUAUUUUUAAAAUGGUUAAUUUCCCCCUAUAAGGAUUAAUGCUUAUCCUGGUGUGGGCUAGCCCAGUAUCUGUGCGUAUAGAGGUAAAGUGGACCACAGACAACGACGCAAUGGUGAUACUGUCGUGUCCUUGCAUACCAGCGAUUAUAAAGUAAGAUUAGACUGCCGGGGUCAGAAGGCGUUCACCACCAGAGCCAGCGUGUGUGAACUUGAAGAAAAGAGCACACAACCAGUUUACAAACCCAAUUCCUCUACUUUUUAGACCUGCCUAGGUCUGCUUACUGCCUGAGGUCUCCAGAUCAGUGUGGGUGCUGUGGACCUGAACCAAAACAGGCCCAGUUACACCCACCCUUAGACUACCGUGUAGUUUUCCUCCAACCUCAUUUCAGUUUAGAUGUGAAGGGAUCCAAUCAAAAUUCAUUAUUACCACUGUUAUGUAUCAUUCAGUGUACAGAAGGGGGAAAUGAUGUACAUGGCACAAUUGCUGAGAAGAAUGAACUUUUUGGGGAAAACACUAAGCAUUGUAAUAUAUAUUUUUUCUUUUAAAUGGCAUGCUUUGUUGUGGGUUUUGUAAAUACAGAAUUUUAAAGAAUUACUGCUAUUACUCUAAUAAUAAAUUAUAACAAUGAUAUAGAAUGGCUUCCAGCUGACGCCCUUAUGUCACAUAUUUUCCUUUUUUUCUAACACUUUUCACUUUUAUUAAAGGGAAUUGAAUGAUAUACCAUAUCGAAGAUAUUCUAUUAGACAAAGAAUAUAUACAUAUAUAAUAUAUGUUAUGUUAUAUAUGUGUAUAUAUAAUAUACUGUAUGUAUGAAAGGAUAUAUGAAUGAGCACGGUAACAUUUCAUUUAUAUGCAACAUGUCCAGUGGAUGUCAAACGAUUUAUGUUGGAGACGAACUCACGCACGAUUGUUAUCAGCGCUGCUUUUCGAUAUUUUAACCAGAUACUGUAUGACAAGAGAGUUAUGCUACCAGCACACCUCUGUAAACCUCUGAGUUUCUAUUGACGCACCUACAAACACGUUACAUACGCAAGAACGCACGUAUUCCCCAUCCUCCCUAUGGACAUUUUGUAGUCACACGCCCGAGUCUGAAAGUCGAAACGUUCACAGAGCCAAACAUGUAUUCUAAGGCCUCCCCAAACAAUUCAGUGCUGUAACUCGUGGGCCUGAACAACAGAGUUUUGUAUGCAUUUCGUAUCUGUUUUUUAUGUGUUCGGUGGUCUGUUUCUAGUGCUAUUUCACUGAUUGUUGUGUGCCUUUUUCUGCAUUUUCUCCAUGUUCCUACAUUUUCUAAAUUGCAUUUUGUCGCAAUUUCGGAGGAUGGUGCCAUAUGUGACAUUUAGUUUAUCGGAGGGGAGAGAGAUGCAAAAUGGAACACAAUGCAAAUCAGGGACUACAGUAUGAACAAGGCGCCUGGUUUACUGCCAGAGGAACACUAGAACAACCGAGCAAGCCCACUUCUUCCAGAUUUGAUGUUACGAAAUCUUCUGAUGUUCUGUUUUCUGUACUUUGUGUAUCAUCCACUUGGCUUGUACAAAAAAUAGCUUGCCUUCAGACUUUUGUGUUCUCGCCAUCUUUGAAACUCACUUUUGUAUUGGUAUUCAGUUACUGGACUUCCAUUUUUAGCAUGACUAAAAUGCUUUUCCAUUUUGCUGAAAAGAAUUCAAAAGUGCUUUUCAAACUGUUGUUUUGUUUCACACAGUGUUGUAGGAGGUCGUAUAAUGGGUGUGUAUGGCACAACCACUGGAACUCUUAGUAACAACAUAUAAAAGAUUGUCUUCAUUUGAGCACGAAACUUUUUAUUAACAAUAAAGCAGCCUUCCAGUU